UUGGAUGAAGUUGGACGAGGAUCUUGGUCCCGAUCGUGGGGACGACAACUUCCACACAGAUGAUGAAGAAAACCAAGCUCACAGGUCUUGUGAGCAAUAUGAAGCCGAUACCGAAUCCGAUAUCGUUAGAGCUCCCUCAAGAAAUCUGUCCCAAAACUCCAUUGAUGUUAAUACUUAUGCAUGGCCUCAAAGCUACUGGCAAUCGAUUGACAUGUACACAAGUGUGACGCCUCCUUCCCUGGGGUUCCUAGGCGCGGCGAGUUUGAAUUCUUUGUCUACACUUGACAAGCGGCACUCAAUAUCUGAUUCUGAUUCAAGCACCACAAGGCUACUCAUUUCUCAAACCAGUUCGGACAAAGAAGUGCCCCCCUCACCUUCCCAAGUUGCCAAAUUCUCCAUCUACUCUUCCUGCGCCUCAAAAGGCUCCCUCCCUGAAUUGCCCCCACCCAAGGAACGCUGCUGUUCAUUUUCCCAAGCUGUACUCAACGGAACCAAUGUUCUAUGUGGGAUAGGACUUCUUACAACCCCAUAUGCAAUAAAAGAAGGAGGGUGGUUGAGCCUCAUACUGCUUGCUUUAUAUGGUGUCAUCUGUUGCUAUACUGGAAUUUUGUUGAAGAGAUGCUUAGAAAGCUGUCCCGGUCUCCGAACCUACCCGGAUAUUGGCCAGGCUGCUUUUGGCUCUACUGGUCGUUUUUUCUUAUCUGGUGCUUGUGUGGAGUUUUUGACCAUGAUGAGUGAUAACUUGGCCUCAGUAUUCCCAGACACCCAAAUGACACUUGGUGGAAUCCAUCUUGAUAGCCAUCAUAUCUUUGGCAUCACAGCAACUCUUGUAAUUCUUCCAACUGUAUGGCUUCAAAACCUUAGUUUGCUCUCUUACCUCUCAGUUGGAGGAGUGCUUGCAUCAAUCCUUGUGGCCCUUUGCUUGCUGUGGGUUGGGGUGGUGAACCAAGUUGGAUUUCAUCACAGAGGACCAGCCUUAAACCUUUCAGAUAUAUCUGUCACAAUUGGUAUCUAUGGCUUUGGCUUCGCCGGCCAUUCGGUCUUCCCAAAUAUCUAUACCUCCAUGAAAGAACCAUCACAAUUUUCAGCAGUUCUAAUAACCAGUGUUACAUUCUGCUUUUUCAUAUACACUGGGGUAGCAGUAUUCGGCUUUCUAAUGUUUGGAGACUCCAUCCAUUCUCAGUUCACUCUAAACAUGCCCACACAUUUUGUUGCUUCUAAAAUUGCAGUCUGGACAACUAUUGUGAACCCAAUGACAAAGUACGCCUUGACAAUGACACCAGUGGCUUUGAGUGUAGAGGAACUCUUUCCCGAAGCUUGGACGGGAUCUCACUGUGUUUCGAUUUUCGUUAGAACACUUCUAGUUUCAUCAACUUUAGGCGUGGCAAUGAGUUUUCCAUUCUUUGGCUCUGUGAUGGCAUUGAUUGGAUCCUUAGUAGCAAUGCUAGUGGCAGUUGUUUUUCCAUGUGUGUGUUAUCUCAUCCUUCUCAGAGGUAGAUUAACUAAACUGCAGAUUGCAACUUGCAUUCUGAUCAUAAUUGUGGGGGUGGUGUGUUCUAUUAUUGGAACAUACUCAGCAAUUUCAAGAAUAGCUGACCAAAUGUAA